AUGUCGCUACUGAGAUUAGUCGUUUCCACCAUCGCCAUUAUAGCUAGCUGUGAAGCUAGCGGGUUUGGCCACGUCGUACCGGCAAUAAAAUCAACAUCAGUCGUGCGAUACGCACCUUUCUACAGCUUCCCUAAUGGAGUGCGGUCAAUUCACGCAGUCCUACCAGCAGUGGCCCCAGUAGCCCCAGUUGUUCGAGCUUUUGCUCCAGCGCCUUUGUUACCAGCGCCAGUAGCUGCUCCGGUUUUGCCAGCACCUCCACCACUGUUUCCAGCUCGUGUAUUGCCAGCGCCUGCUUUCCCUGCUCCAGUUUUCCGUACUCCAUUUAUACCAGCACCAAUUCCAGUACCAUUACCAGCUCCAGUUUUUGCGCCCGCACCAGUGUUUCCACAUAGUAUUCCUGCGGCCGCUCCUGUUUAUCCUGCAUUCCCUAGAUUUGGCCCUAUUCCUACUUUGUCUGCGGCACAGUUCUAUGCUAGACCUGUGCCAGCAGUAUCUACUGUGCCUUUUUCACCUAUUGUUAGAGCUGUCGCUCCUGCAGUGUUACCAGCUCCAGCGCCAGUAUAUCCUGCCCCAGUGUUUGCACCUUCACCUUAUGGCCUAACAAGAACUGUAGCCUACCCAGCUCCUGCACCCUUUUUACCUGCCCCUUUAAUAAAACAUGCACAAGCGUGGAAAUGA